AUGCCUUGCGCUUUGGUGGCGCCAAACUCUCCGAUUUUCUCACCGUCGAAAAUUCCUUCCAUCUUUUUCAGAUCAUCAUCUUUAUCUUCUCCUUCUUCAUGUUCUUCCCCUAGAGUCCUCCAUGGCCCGCCUCCUACGCCGUCACGAUCUUCGUCUUCGACAGCGCCUUUAGAGUCUCGGUUUCAGAGGCACGUGAUAAGUGGCUGCAAGACGGAGCCUUCGGGUUUGGCUUUGAAGAGGAAGAGGCCGAUGAUGAUUGAUAUUCCAGUAGCGCCGUUGAGUUUCAAGGUUGAGUCGCCUGAUGGAGCGGAGAGAGUGGACGUGGUGGAGGUUGAAGAGGAUGGUUACUCGGUGUAUUGUAAGAGAGGGAGAAGGGGUCCUAUGGAGGAUCGCUACUCAGCUGUUGUUGAUCUUCGCGAUGAUUCGAGACAGGCCUUCUUUGGUGUGUUUGAUGGACAUGGAGGGGCAAAAGCAGCCGAAUUUGCAGCCAAGAACAUGGAUAGAAACAUUAAGGAUCGUUUGACCUGCGGAAGUGAAGAGAAAAUCAUGGAAGCAGUCAAAGAUGGUUAUCUAACCACUGAUGUCGAUUUUUUGAAGGAGAAUGUUGGGAGUGGUGCAUGCUGUGUGACUGCCUUAAUGCAAAAGGGCAACCUUGUGGUCUCAAAUGCCGGUGACUGUCGUGCCGUUAUGAGCCGAGGAGGUGUUGCAGAGGCCCUUACAUCUGAUCAUCAUCCUUCAAGAGUAGACGAAAGAGCUAGGAUUGAAACCACGGGUGGUUAUGUAGAUUGUUGCCGUGGGGUUUGGAGAAUACAGGGCUCUCUUGCUGUUUCAAGAGCAAUUGGAGAUCGACAGCUUAAGCAAUGGGUGAUAGCAGAACCGGAGACUACAAUCUUAAGGAUAAACCCUGAAUGCGAGUUUUUAGUGUUAGCUUCUGAUGGUCUUUGGGACAAGGUUACCAAUCAGGAGGCAGUAGAUGUAGUUCGCCCUUUAUGCGUUGGUACCGAUAAGCCAGAGAUGUUUUCUGCUUGUAAGAAGCUUGUUGAUCUGUCAAUAGGGAGAGGUUCCAUGGAUGAUACAAGUGUGAUGAUAAUCCAAUUAGGUCGUUUCGUCUCAUGA